AUGACUUCAGACGACAAGACCGGGUAUGAUGUCGAGUACCAAUAUUCCGGCUCUGGUGAGAAGCAUCGAUCCGUGUUCGCUCCGGACGAGUCGGGCGCCGUGCAUGGCGAAACCUUUGUCACGGGCGACACAUUCUACCACCGACUACAACGGUUUGCGGGCCGCUAUGGCGUGGAGCAGCGAGGGAUCGAGCGAGUCCCCGAGGACGAGCGGACGGACAAGAGUACAUUGAAAGUAGGGACUAUGUGGCUAGCCGCCAACAUGGUCAUCUCAUCAUUCGCCAUAGGCGUCCUCGCCGUCCCCGUGUUCGCGCUCGGCUUCAUCGACGGAUUCCUAGUGAUCAUAUUCAUCAACAUGCUGGGUAUCCUACCAGUCUGUUUCUUCUCGACGUUCGGGCCCCGAUUCGGCAUGCGACAAAUGAUCCUAAGUCGAUUCUGGUUCGGGUACUGGGGCGUGAAAGUGAUUGCGAUAUUCAACUGUCUCGCCUGUCUAGGCUGGUCAUCCGUGAACGUGAUCGUGGGAGCACAACUACUACACGCCGUCAACCCUUCCGUCCCAGGGUGGGCAGGCAUUAUCGUCAUUGCAGCAUGCACGUUUCUGGUCACCCUGUUCGGAUACAAGGUGGUGCACAUGUACGAGAUGAUCAGCUGGGUGCCAUGCUUCAUUAUUUUCCUCAUCGUGUUGGGGGAAUUCGCGCACUCGGGCUCAUUUUCCAAUCUGUCCAUGGGCAGCGGCGCCGCCGAAACCGGAUCAGUUCUAUCGUUUGCAGCAUCGGUAUUCGGCUUCGCGACAGGCUGGACAUCCUACGCUUCCGACUACACUUGCUACCAACCCGCGACAACACCUCGGAAAAAAGUCUUUCUUUACGUCUUCAUCGGCCUCAUUUUCCCACUCUGGUUCACGGAGAUGUUAGGUCUUGCCGUCGCCACGGCCAUCGUCAAUGACAAGGCCUUUGCCGACGCUUACGACCGCGACGCCGUCGGCGGCCUGUUGCAUCAAGUCCUAGUCCCACCACUAGGCGGAUUCGGCAAAUUUUGCCUCGUGGUCUUGGCUUUAUCCAUCGUCGGCAACAACUGUCCCAACAUCUACAGCUUGACGUUCUCUCUACAGAUUCUCACAAGGUACGCACAAAAAGUGCCCCGGUUCCUCUGGACACUGGUCGGAACUGUCAUCUAUUGCGCAAUCGCUAUCCCCGGAUACAGUCACUUUGAAAGCGUGCUCGAGAACUUCAUGUUGGUCAUUGGAUACUGGCUUGCCGUAUAUUCAGGAAUCGCGCUUCCUGAGCAUUUUUUCUUCAAGCGUGGGUUUAGGGGGUAUACGCCGUCGCACUAUGAUCAGCCGAACCGCCUCCCGCCGUCGAUUGCGGCCCUGGGUGCCUUUUGUUUCGGUGUCUUUGGGGCCGUUAUGGGGAUGGCGCAGGUCUGGUUCAUUGGUCCGAUUGGGAAAAGGAUAGGUGACCCUGCGUAUGGUGGUGAUGUCGGGUUUGAGUUGGCUUUUGGAUUUGCUUUUGUCGCGUAUGUCUGUUUCAGGCCGCUGGAAGUGAGGUAUUUUCGGAGGUAA